AAGUGUCAAUAUUUUUUUUGUUAAUUUUCAUACAAAAUUUAUCAAAAAGUAUCCGAAUUUCAAGUUCUUAAAAAUAUUUAAUUUGAUCUCAUACUUGAUCAUCAGCACUAUGCUAGAAAAACAGAUAUCUACCCUAUUUUUCCUUAUAAUAUCAGUUAUAUCAGUGAAAGCAUUUGAAGUUGAUAUCAAAUUUACGGGGUCAUUGGUAUCAGGGGCCUACGUUAAUUUCACAGCAACUCUGUACCAAGAUGGGAGAAUUGCUAGAGAUGGAAACUACGAAUACAAUUGGAAUGAUAACGCCAAUCCACCACACUCAGCGGUUUUCAAAACAGAUCAGCCUUAUAGUAAUUGGAGUAUUAAUUACCCAAAAGGAACUAAACCCAGUUUAUACGAAGUUAAUUUAAACGUCCAACGAUUUAACAUGAUUUUUUGGUUUUCGAUAGCACAAAAAAGCGUUCACUUCAAAGUUACUGAACUUUUAAAUGGAAAUAUGUCAUUGACACAAAAUGGCACUGUCAGAGAAGAAGAGUACGUCGCCUAUAAUGAGCCGGUCAAUCAUACAAUCGCCCUUAAAGAAAGUGACAUGGAAUUCCUGAAAAAAAAUGCAACUUAUAUUCAAACAUUUUGGUUUGAAAAUUGCACAUACAUUGGAGUAACUGAUGGAUUCACUUAUUUAAACCGAUAUUCAAACAUCGGUUCUACAUAUGAUAUUGAGGCUCUUGUUGUUGCUUCAUUUGAUAAAUUACCAAAUCCCACACCAAGUACAACCACAACAACCACUACAACCACAACAACAACAUCGACAACAACAACUACAACCACCACUACGACUCCAAAGACUACAACAACUCCAAGCACAACAACAUCCUCAUCCACAAUUCCUCCGAAUAAUACAACUAGUACAUCAACAACGCCAAAACCUAGAGCUAAACGUGAUACUGCAGCAUUGAUAGCAAAUUUCAAUAAUCUUACUGCAUCAGCGAAUGCGAAACUUUUGGGAAUCGAUAUGGCUUCAUUAAAUGAACACUCUGCCUCUGAUGAAUAUUUGACACCUACAACUGCUAACCCUUUGAAUUCUCAAUUGCCUUAUAUUUGUUUUAAUAAAUCAAUGGUCGCGGCUGAUCCAAAGAAAACAUAUGGAUAUUUUAAUAGAAGAGUUAUAUCCCUACUUCCUGUUGGAGAAUUUUCAUCAAACGGUAAAAACUGGUUGCAACAUGGUGAUGUUUUAAAUUUAGAUUUAUCCUGCAAAGGCUCAUCUCCCCUUGAGUAUUGCUACAGAGUCUAUGAUGCUCCGUAUAAUUUGACCGGGAACGAAACCUGCUCUAUUUGGAUUCCAAUUAGUAGUUGUUCAUUCCAACUGCGACGAUGGUUUGCCGAAAGCAAGACUAUUCUAUUUUUUGUCAGGAAUCCAAUUACUACCUCAGUCAAUCAAGUCACCAUUAACUUUUAUGAAGCGAAAAAGCAGUCACAACUUUCGGUUAUUGUUGUUCCUGUAUCAUUCAGUUUGAUCGCAGUAAUUUUAAUUGUUUUUGGUGUAUCCUACUACAUUCAAAGUAGGAAUCGCUUUAAUGUAGAAGUGGCUGAUUUUAAUUUUGGGGAAACACAAUCCGUCGAUAUGGAAUACAAAACAUUCCAACAGCGUCUGAUUGAGAGUAUUUGUGAUGCCAUUCCACAUAGAAGGCGCAGUGAUAGCAGUGAGUUCCUUCCUGACUCUAGUCCAACAGGAAGCGAGGGUGGGAGUCCAAUGCGAUAUAAUACGAUGACAUAAGUGAAGAGGUGUACGUUUUUUUAUUAGUGUUUAUAUAUAUAUAUACGUAUUUAAGAUAAGAUAAUCUUCCCAUUAACUCAUUAUUAUUAUUAUUUCGAGUAGAAGACAUGCACAUAAAAUUGUUUUUAUAUUUGCAUUAAUAUUGGCAGUGUUUUAAACUUUAAAAAUAAUUUCUGGGUUGACAUAUACAAUAUCCAAAUGAGGUAAAAAGUUUUCUUUUCAUUGAUCUUAAACUAUUAUUAAGCUGACUAAAAUUUAUUCCAAAGACUGGGUUUUGUUGAAGAAAAUUUAAUUUAAAAAAAAAAAAAAAACAAA